UCAUUUCCGGUUCUGCCAUUUUGCGGUUGCGGAUCAGUCUCGAGCUGCUGGUGCGUUUCUUACCGAAUAUCUUUCAUUUAGUCUAACAUUUUAGACCAAUUCAACCGGGAAAAUGUCAGAUUUUGAUAGCAACCCCUUCGCGGACCCGGACUUCAGCAACCCGUUUCAGGACCCAUCAGUGACACAAGUAACACGGACUGUCCCACCUGGAGGCCUGGAGGAGUAUAACCCUUUCACAGACUCCAAGCCGGUUCCUCCAGGCUCCGCCCCUAAAUCAGUCCCGCCCACAACCAACACACAGCCGGCCAUCAUGAAACCCACUGAAGAACCGCCAGCUUACACUCAGCCUCAGCAGACACAGGAUCAGGCACGAGCCCAGGCGGAGUUAUUGAGGAGACAGGAGGAGCUGGAGAGAAAAGCAGCUGAGCUGGACCGCAGGGAGAGAGAGAUGCAAACUCUCAACGCGUCAGGAGGGAGGAAAAACAACUGGCCGCCUCUUCCAGAGAAGUUUCCUGUGGGUCAGUGUUUCUAUCAUGACAUUUCGGUGGACAUACCCGUGGAGUUCCAGAAAACCGUCAAGAUCAUGUACUAUCUCUGGAUGUUCCACACGGGGACGCUGUUUGCAAAUAUAUUUGGCUGUUUGUCGUGGUUCUGUGUAGAUGCGUCGAGGGGAGUGGAUUUUGGUCUGGCUAUGCUUUGGUUUAUGCUGUUUACACCCUGUUCAUUUGUCUGCUGGUACAGACCCCUGUAUGGAGCGUUCAGGAGUGACAGUUCUUUUAGGUUCUUUGUGUUCUUCUUCGUCUAUAUCUGCCAGUUUGGUGUCCAUGUGCUGCAAGCCAUUGGCAUUGCAGGUUGGGGAGCCAGUGGCUGGAUCUCUGCGCUGACCUGUCUGAACACGAGUAUUCCCGUCGGCAUCAUCAUGAUCCUGAUUGCCGCCCUCUUCACUGCGUCGGCUGUCAUGUCUCUCAUCAUGUUUAAAAAGGUCCAUGCGAUGUACCGAACCACCGGCGCCAGUUUCGAGAAGGCGCAGCAGGAGUUCGCCACCGGCGUCAUGGCCAACAAGACGGUGCAGACCGCCGCCGCUAACGCCGCCUCCUCUGCAGCCCGGGGAGCCUUCAAAGAGCAGAUCUGAUUGGUUCAGAGAACUUCGAGACCAUCCGUGAUACUCUAACCCCGCCCUCCUUAUUCCUCCUAAUGUCCUUACAGCCAUUCGUCAGCUCUAACUGGCUGCUCAAGACCACACCCACUCUCAUUGACUUAAUGCACUCCUGUGACUGACUGAGGCCCCGCCCACAGCCCCUCCCCUCCUGUUCUUUAGCUGGAGUGUGUGUGUGUGUAUGUGUGGAGCGCCUGUCUGCUCUCAAACGUGUGUAAACAGCCUAAAAAGAGUCACUUUAUAUGUUCACAUCACUGUUGGGUGUUCUGUUUGUUCGUUAAACAACAGGAAGUGAUGUCAUCAAAUGUCCUUUUAUGGGAUCCAAGGAAAAAAAAGAAUGAUUAUGCCCUAGCAGGUCUGUCUUACCGUCGUAAAAUGAGCGCUCACACAGUCAUGCAAGUCCAGGUCGCAAUUAAUCAGAAAAUCAAGAGAAAAAAAUUGGAAAUUACGUCCAUUUAAGGUGACAAUUAAACAUUUAAAUACCCAUUUCGAAAAAAAAAUAAAAAAUAGUUUUGCAUAAUUGUCGCGGAAAUAAUGUAAACUAUUUUUUUCUCGCUUUACUUUGGAUUUUGGGCUGAUAUGACCUUUUCUUAGCGAGAUUCUCCCAUCUAUCCUGCAAAUGAGCCAUCAGUACACGAAGACGCCCUUCAGAUGUGACCGUAAACGCUCCACACGCAACUCAGAGGGUCUCUUCACCUGUAAAUAUAUAAAUAUAUAUAUAUAAGCAAACCUGUAUGAUGACAUAAAGUAUUGACUGAUUUUAACCAUAUGAAUGAAUCUGAGGCUUUCUGGUUUCUUUUUUUUUUUCUAAUAGAGUUGUUUUGGAAUGGAAACUAAUUCUUAAAAGCGUGAACCACUCAGGAUACGUUCCUGCACAUGCAUGGGAAGCUUGCCGGGCCGAGGAGCAUCACCUCUCCCAGUCUAACAUGCAUUGGGAUAAACUGGAAAACACUUUUAAAAAUCACGCCCCCAAACCGCAUCUCGCUAACGACACGUCACAUUUAUGCUGCAGAUGUGUGUAAGACUGUGCCGCGCUGGGCCGUCCCGAGGUUGGAUCCUUAAUCGUUGUUCUGAAUCAUGCUGUCAUUUGUCUGCGUAGAGUUUGUUUUCGUCUCCUUCUUUUUUUAUUGAACCUUGUAGCCUUGGUUACUGUCACCAAGAGACAGCCAAGUUUUGCGAUUAUGGGAAAUGCAUCAAGAUGGAAAUUAAUCUUGAUCUUAACCUUUUAGCAACUCUGUGUGUGUGUGUGUGUGUGAACAAACUGUAUGUUCAUCACCUGUUUUCAGUAUUGAGUUUGCAUCCGCCUUGGUUUGAAGUCCGACACAUUUUGCUUAAUAAUCUGUAACUUAUGAAGGAAUAGUCCACCGAAAAUGGCUCACGGGUGAACUAUUCCUUUUUUUCCCUUCUUAAUAUGUCCCUUAUUUUGUUAUCUUAUUGUGUGUGUGUCAUAUUUGAAUCUUUAUUUCACUCAUGUACGGUUCUCCGAGUACGUGCGAGUUACUGCAAGUCGUUUUCCUUUUAUAUACAUUUCAACAAAUGGCACCUGAAUGUUCCUCUCUUUUGGUUUGUUUUGAAAUGCUUUCAUUAAAAACCGGAAAAAACCACAAGAAUCUGUUUGGAGCGACGUGACCUCUUGUGUGUGAUGCAAUGGAUCGUGGCUUUAAGCUGUCUUUUUUAAAUUAGUGAUGUUAGCUAACUUAGUUGAAACACUGAUACGUGAGAUGAAUCGAAGAAAACCCAUCACGUGUUGUACUACUGCUACUCUGACAUUAUUUAAAACAGACUCGAGGGAUAUUUGUAUAUUUUCUAUUUCUAAAGGAAUGGUGGCUUGUCGUCCUGAAUUUCAUUGUACUGUACAAAUGCACUCCUGUCUCGCUCCCUUAGUCGCAUGUUGAGUAGUUUGAGUUUUGUAUAUUUAUUGUAUUAACACAAAAAUAAAAUCAAAAACAACUACAUAA